AUGACUGUUAGUCAAUCGGAUACUGAUCAAGUCUCCACUUCAGCCUCGUCUUCGUCCUUGCUUGGACUCUCUUCAGCCACACUAGAAGCCCCCUUUGGGUAUCCUCUAGAUCCUCAUGAAUUGCACGGUAAUAUACUCACUACUGCCUACAAUGUGAUUCAGAGCACCUCUUAUUUACUCUCAUCCACCAUCUUCAAUUACACGUUGCCUGGUAAAGACUUUUCGGGAUCAAAAGGCUCAAGAACUGGCAACCUUCUCAAGCUAUGGACUGAUCUAAAGAGAAGAAACCUCUUAAACAAGGUUCCCUCUCUUUAUGAUGUCGAUGUUACAAUCGGUUGUGGUAAUAUCUUACUCGGUUAUCUCAGUGAUGAUCAUCAUUUGACUAAUGAGGACGUUGAUGUCACGGUUUUUGGCUCUCCAAGCACUUUGGAACAUAUGGCUCCGGCAUUACAUGGAAAUGGCGUUGAAACCCUCAAAGGUUUACCAAUCUCUUUCCAAAUUGCCACUGUUGAUUACGAUUGGACUUCUGGAAGAUUGAUCUCCAACUUUUCUUCUGCUUUGAAUGCUGCUAGAUCUCUAAAAUUGCCUGUCUUGGUGUCUUCUUCUGCCGUCGAGGCUCAACAUUUUACUGUGUUGUCUUCCGUAUUGGCCAAAUUGGGUGUUGCGAAUAUCCACCUUUUUGAUGGAUUGCAUUCUUUGAGAGUUAACGAGUCGAUUUCCGGGGUUUUGAGUAGUUCUGAGAUCCAAGACCUCGAAUUGAAGCUUCUUUCAGCCUUGAAUAUUGACAUUACUGUUGCCCUUGCUUCUGAAAGGAUUCCAAUGGGGUUUUCCAAGUUGAACGAGAUCUUAAAAACUGAAUAUCAGCCAUUUGAGCAGUAUGGAUCACCUGAUGCAAGCAUUUUCUAUAUUGUGUCCGGUACUGAUGAAUUGACUGCUAAACUUUUCCAGCAAGUUCCCAAAUUUUCUGUUAAUGCCGCCUCCAUCAUUGUUAAGGCUCCGUUCCCAUUUGAUUCCCGCAGAUUUAAUAAUCUGGUUUCUGGUAACAACGUUAAGAAGCUUGUUGUAGUUUCUGAGUCAUAUAAUGGCGUUAAUCUUUUGAAAUUGGACGUCCAGGCCUCCUUGUUUUUGGAAGGUAACUUCUCAUUGGAUAUUGUCAGUGCAACUCAGCAACCAGGUGAGCCUUUGACUCCUUCUCAGUUCAAGUUGUUGCUCGAGCAGCAUGCUAAUGUCAGGCCUUACUUGACCUCUACAGGCUCGUCGUUCAAGUUUGUCUUCCAUGACAACUUCAAGCACUUAAAUGUUCCUGCUAAAGUUGCGUUUGGCUUGUCAAUGGUUCCUGAUUUGGCUGUAAAAUACAGACCUGUUUAUGACAAUACUGUUGAUGCAGGGUUGCUUUCUGUCGAAAUUCAGGCCGGAAUGGAUUUCACCGGCAAGUACAAUCUGGUCUUCCUCGAAGAGUUUAGCUUACUCAAUAAGGUGGAUGUUUUUUCGACUUUAAAGUCUAAUGGAACCAUUUUGGUGAUUAAUCCUCUCGGCAUGAGGUUUGAUCCGGAAAACGUUGUUAGCAAGUUAUUGUCUAAUCUCACCAAGAAGAUUCUUGCCGAGAAAAAGAUAACUUUACAGGUGUUAGACUUGAAUUCUGUUGGUGAAGAUGAUGCUACAAAGGGUCUAACAACUCCAAUUUCCAUGAAUGUUGCCUUCUGGAGUUAUGCAUAUCCAAAGUUUGAGGUCACUCCAAUGGUUAACAAGAUCUGGAAUUCGUACGGACCAACGAACGAGCUCCUUGCAGGCGUGAUUCUGAACUUGACCAAUAGAGUAAAGAAGGAUGGAUUCAAAAAGAUUUCAUUCGAUGAUGAGUGGAAGAAACUUGACAUAGAAGGGGCUCCAGAUCUUGUUUCCGUUAAGGAUACUUCCUUCUCCCCUAUGCCUAGAGAUGAGUUUACAGAAGAAUAUGGUAGUCAGAUCAAAUCCAGGUUUGACUUGGCCAAAAAAUUGAUGUUCAAAGAAGCCUAUCAGAGACAUGAAUCUCUCAGACCUGAUGAGCCGGUCCAGAACUUUGUUAUCAAGGUGAAGGAAAACAAGAGAGUUACUCCUCUUGAUUACAGCCGUAACAUCUUCCAUAUAGAGUUUGACAUAUCUGGUACCGGUCUGAAGUACAAUAUUGGAGAAGCUUUGGGAGUCCAUGGAAGAAACAGUGGAAGUGCGGUCGAUUCCUUCAUCAAAAUGUAUGGUUUGGAUGGUGAUAAUUUGGUGGAGACUAUUUCGAAGGAAAACUCUUCUGUUUUAGAAGUGAGAACCGUGAGACAGUCGCUUACCGAGAACCUUGACUUGUUUGGCAAACCAAGUAAAAAAUUCUAUGAAUCGUUGGUGGGUUAUGCUACAGAAGAGAAAGAAAAGAAGGCAUUAGAGCAUUUGAUUUCCCCAGCAGGUGCACCAUUAUUGAAGCAAUACCAAGAGGAAGAGUGUUACACGUAUGCAGAUAUUCUUGCCCUCUAUAAGAGCGUCAGACCUUCUGCUGAGGAGCUUGCUUCGUUGAUCCCACCACUGAAACGGCGUGAGUAUUCGAUUGCUUCAUCGCAGAAGCUGCAUCCUGAUGAGGUUCACUUGCUUGUUGUUGUUGUUGACUGGGUAGAUAAGCAGGGACGUCAAAGAUAUGGACAAUGUUCCAAGUAUUUGAAUGACUUGAAAGUGGGCGACUCGUUGGUUGUAUCUGUGAAGCCAUCACUUAUGAAGCUACCACCAGUAACUACCCAACCAGUUAUCAUGGCUGGCUUGGGUACUGGCUUGGCACCUUUCAAGGCUUUCGUCGAGGAAAGACAGUACCAGAAGGAGCAUGGUCAGGAGGUUGGAGAGAUCUAUCUCUACUUGGGUUCCCGGCAUAAGAAGCAGGAAUAUUUGUAUGGAGAGUAUUGGGAGGCAUAUCUUUCUUCUCAUCUUCUGACUUACUUGGGUGCAGCAUUCUCUAGAGACCAACCGCAGAAGAUUUACAUCCAGGACCGAAUCAGAGAAAACUUGAGUGAGUUAACCGAUUUGAUCUGCCAGAAGAAGGGCCACUUUUAUCUUUGUGGUCCGACAUGGCCCGUUCCUGAUAUCACUGCCUGCCUAGAAGAUAUAUACAGGAACGAGGCAGAAAAGAGAGGGCAAGAAAUAGAUGCUGCUGAAGAAGUGGAGAAGAUGAAAGACGAAGGAAGAUAUGUUUUGGAAGUUUAUUAA